UUUAACUUCAGAUUAAAUAAAAUUCUAAGUAAUGAAUUUCAAUUUUUUUCUCAUUUUCAUUUUAAUUUCAAUAAAAACUCAAGAAAGUUUUGGACACACUGGAGUAUGUGAUUAUUAUGACAGCUAUUUCUAUUCAGUUUUUGAUAAACAUUCAGCAUAUGCUUGCAAAAUCACGUUGAAUAAUUUGCAAAACAUCAAUCGAAUCACAAAAGUUGACGGAAUUCACGAAGAUUAUAGAAAUAAAAAAGAUGUGAAUUAUCUUCAAAUAGCGUCGGUAAAUUCAAAUAUAAAAGAAUUUAAUUCAGUGUUUUGUGCGACAUUUAAUAAUUUAAAAACAAUUUUAGUUGAGGAUUUAAAAAUAAAUUCAAUUGACGACGAUUCGCUGCAAAAUUGUUUAAAUUUAAAUCUUUUGUACUUUACUAACAAUGAAAUUUCAAAUUUGCCGCAAGACUUGUUAAGUGAAAAUUCAGAAUUGAUUGAAUUUGAGCUAACUUUUAAUAAAAUCACAACAAUUCCGGAAGCAGCAUUUGAUAUGCAAGAGAAUUUAAAGCUACUGAACCUUAAAAAUAACGAAAUCAAUGAUUUACCGGGCGGAGUCUUUCGAGCAUUAUCAUCGCUUCUGUUUUUAAAUCUCAAUGAUAAUAAAAUUCAAGAAUUAAAUCCAAAAUGGUUCAAAAAUUUAAAAAGUUUACUAAAAUUAACUUUAAAUUCAAAUAAUCUUCAAGAUUUACCAGAAAAGGUUUUCGAAAAUUUACACAAUUUAAAUGCAAUUGAAUUAAAAAACAAUAAAUUAGUCAAGAUUCAUGCGUCAUCUUUUGGCAGACGCGAUAGACUUCAACUUGUCUAUUUGAGUAAGAAUCACGUUGGUUCCAUUGAUCCAACAUUUAUUCAUCAAUCUGCGAUCGGAACGUUGCACAUGGAAGAUAAUUUUUGUUUUGGCGGUGUCAUUAGAACCAGAAAUGAUAUAAAUAAUAAAUUACGGAGAUGCUACAUGUCCUACAGACCUGCUACAACAACAACAUCAACAACAGAAGCUCCAACAACCACAUCAUCAUCUACAACCACUACCGAGCUGACAACAACUAGCACCAAGAAGUCAUGGAGUACUAUCGAGCCCGUUACUUUAACAACUACGACUGAAGAAUUAUCAACUUAUCAAGAUUCAGAUGAAGAUGUUGAAUAUAUAUCAACAACAGCCAAGCCAGCGACAUGGACAGACUCACCAACAACAUCUCAGAAACUAAGUUCAUCGUGUGGACAGGUUGACGAUGAUAUUCCAGCUAUUCAAAAAGGAGACAAAGUGACUCGUGGACAGUUUCCUUGGAGUGUGGCGAUUUUUAGGACUGAAGAUCGUUUUGUUUGCACUGGUGUGCUGGUUUCAGAUAGAAAAGUCGUUACAGCUGCAAGAUGCAUGUACAAGACCAGACAAGAACAAGGUCAAGCAUUUUUAAUGCGUGAAUUGAAGAUUAUACUUGGCAGUCAGAUCAUUUACGAACCUUAUGAGCAUUCAAAGAAAAGCAUUGCAAUAAGCUACAUUCACAUACAUAAAGAGUACAAACUGUCAAAAAGCGAGGCUGACAUUGCUGUAAUUAUUCUCGAUAUUGCUGUAAAAGAUCAAAAGUACAUCAAACCAAUUUGCUUAAUUGACUCAGAUGAUGGACCUUUAUCUGUUGAGGAUGGUGUCGUAGUAAGCUACGGUCAUAAUGCGUCUAUGGCAAAAAACUCACUUUGUGUACCAAAAAAGUACGACACAACGAUUCAGGACGAAUUUGAGUGUUUCACAAACAACGAUGAAUUUGUAAAUAUUUUAAAUAACAGAACAUUUUGUGCUGCCAAUGACAUAGGACGUGGUGUAUGUGUUGAGGAUUAUGGAAGUGGAUUGUUUGUGAAACAUGCUGAUAACUUUUAUCUUCGAGGGAUAUUAUCAACUGUGCUUAUUGAUGACAGAGAAAAGUGUCUGGUCAAUUCCUAUGCAUUAUACACAGAUAUCGCUAAAUUUACGAAAUGGAUACAGGAACUUCCAUUCGAUGAUUAUGAUGAUGAUUAUGAUGAUGAGUAUUUAGCUCGUUCUGGGCUUAUUUGGAGCUGAUGAUCAUCAACUGGAUGCUGCAAAUGUACAAUUUUCUUAACAAACUUUAAAUAAUAAAUUUUUUUUUAUUUAAAUUAAAAAAUU